AGAAAAAUAAAAAAAAUAAAAUAAAAAAACCAUUGCAGAGUAAUCUCGUCUCUGCCACUCUCAUCGCCGCCAACCCUGGCCCCUUUUUUUUUUUUUUUCUUUAAUUAGUAAUUACGAAGUAAUGAAGCUGUAAGUUUGGAUGGUUUAAGAGUUUGGGCCUUAGUGAGAAACAAUCCAUUCCUGAGUUGAUAUAGAAGAAGAAGAAGAAGAAGAGAGCACCCAUUGCCGUACCAGAGGGUAGUCCAAUAAGUUUGAAAAUGGGACUGGGAUUGAUUACGGGAUUGGGAAGAAUAAUGAGGAGAAAAAGGACUUCUUCCCUUGAUAUUCUUUCUUCAAAGAGGGCACCAAGGGAUUAUUACAAGGGAAAGAACUGCAAACCAACUGGGUUUCAUACUCGUAAAGGUGGGUAUGUUGUUGUGCACGAAAAGCUGCCAAACUAUGUUGUCCCUGAUCUAACUGACUUCAAGCUAAAAGCAUAUGUCUCGCAGUGCCCAUUAGAAGCUCAAACUGCCGAGGCAAGUGAUGCAGCAAAGUAAGCCAAUGGUUUCAACGCCAAGUUCUGUUACUUGAUGUAACUUUCAGGCCUAGGAGUAGUCAUGAGGAACGUUCAGUAAUAUUUAGUCAAAUAAUAAAAAACUAUGGGACACUUUUUGAAAACCGAAGAAACAUGUUAGUGCCUGUUCUUCGAUUUUGCUUUCCUUCCGAGCAUUGACUUUUUUAUGUUGAAGGGAAAUUUUUCAUGGGGGAUCUGAAAAGGGUUCUCCUAAUUCUAUAGAACAUAGGUAAUGGUGUACAUUGUUGGUCUGGAGCCCCGGCAUGAGGGGUAGGUUUUGGGUUCCGAGUGAUUAUUGAUUUGGAUUUUGCCAAAUUGUUGUUGGGAAUGAAGAUGGUCCAAGUUAUGAGGGGGAUUUUGGAGACACGAGCUCCCAUGAAAGGGGCUCCUGCACCUUGUUAUGUGCAGUCAGAAAGUAUGGAUUUUGGAAUUUGAAGAUUUAUCCAAUCCCAUCUGUUUCUAUUAUAUUAUUUUCUAUGGUUUGGUUGGAA